AUGGAACUUAACUUCUCUAGACAAGGAGAAACAUUUGUAAAUGUACAUUCUCUUACCUGGCAUUGUGUCGCAUCACAAGGCCUUGAUUUGCCAGAAUAUUUUGAGCUUGUAAUUGUGGAUGAUGUGCCAGUCUUCUACUAUGACAGUAAUAUGAAAGGUGUGGUACCUUUCCCUGAAUGGUUGAACAGCACAACUGCAAAGGAAUACUGGCAUUUCUUGACUAACAGAGCACAUUUUAAAAAAGAAAAACUGCUAACAGGAUUGAAAUCAGCCACCCUGCAGUUUAACUCAACAGGUAUUCCCUCUAACAUCAACGUUUAUCAGGCCUAUGGUGGACAUCACCUCCAUCCUGAUGGGACUUUGAAAAGCUUUCUCAGUCAUGCAUUUAAUGGCAAGGAUUUUAUAAGCUUUGAUUACGACAGUAAAACAUUUUUGGCCACGGUGCCUCAAGCAGUGUCCUAUAAGACUAUGAGGCAGAGAGAUCAAGCAGAUGUUGAAUUCCUUGUCUCUCUCUACAACAAGAGGCGGACCGCUGAAGGAAUUAAAGAGUUCCUGCAAUAUAACCCCAGAUUACGCAUGAAGAAAGUUCCAGAGGUCAGGCUUUUUGAGAGGAAAAACUCUGUCUUUACAGAGAUCACAUGUCAUGUGACUGGGUUCUACCCAAGAACAGUGCAGGUUCAGUGGUUUGGGUCAGACAUGCAGCCUGUGGUUGAGGGGGUUACUGAAGGUGAAGUGUUACCAAAUGGAGAUGGUUCUUAUCAGACAAGAAAGAGUGUUGUGAUACCAGCAGAACACACAGACAUACAUCACUACAGCUGUGUGGUCCAGCAUAGCAGCAUCCCUGGAAAUAUCACUGAAACCUGGGCACGAUGGACAAUCCAUACUGCGACCAUCACUGAAACCAGUAAGAUUAUAUACAGUACAGCAACAGUGAUCCUUGAGAUGCUUGGCUAUAAGAUAGACACUAGCCACAAGGAGCAGUACGCUCCACGGAGACGGAGGCUGGAGGCCAAGAUCAAGGCAACAUGGACGGAGGGAAAUAACAAGGGAAUAGAUACAGCGAGGCUGGAGUCUGAACAAUACUGGAGGAGCAUAUGGGAGAAAGAGGCAUCACACAACACCAGUGCUCAGUGGCUAGUGGACCUGAGAAUAGACCAUUGCACCCUCCCUAAGUAA